CAUAUCAAUUUACACUUAAAUAAUUUAUGUUGGAUAUUCAAUUAAAGAAUAACACAAAAUUUACAGAGACAUGGUUGGAAUCAAGUUCAUUUGCAGAGAAUGGUUCAGGGUUUAACAUCAGUCUUGCUUUCACUAAAAAAAUGCCCACUCAUAAGGUAUCAGGCCUCCUCAGAAACAGCGAACAGGUUAGCGGAUAACGUCAGACAAGUGAUAUCUAAAGAGGCAGCGCUGUUUGAGUUUUGAAGGAUGGACGUCUUGCCGGUUUUAUUAAUCUUGGAUAGAAAAGGUGAUCCUAUCACGCCACUUCUCAAUCAAUGGACUUAUCAAGCAAUGGUACACGAAUUGUUAGGAAUUAAUAAUAAUCGUGUGAAUUUAUCCAAAGUUCCGGGCAUCAGUAAAGAACUACAAGAAGUACUUCUGUCGCCCGAGUAUGAUGAAUUUUACGCCAAAAAUAUGUAUCAGAAUUUUGGUGAAAUAGGAGUUAAUAUCAAGGAAUUAAUGGAAGAAUACCAGAAGAAAACUAAAAAUCAACAGAAAGUCGAAUCGAUUGCCAAUAUGAAGGCUUUUGUGUAAAAUUAUCCUCAAUUUAAAAAGAUGUCCGGAACUGUAUCCAAGCACGUGACUCUAGUCGGAGAAUUGUCUCGUCUCGUGUCUACUCGUAAUCUCUUUGAAGUGUCUGAAGUCGAACAGGAAUUAGCUUUCCAACACGAUCACAACGAAUCAUUAAAGAAAAUUCGAAGAUUAAUUAACAACGAUAAGAUAUCCGACAUCGACGCCAUCAGAUUAGUAAUGCUGUACGUUUUGACUUACGAAAAACACAGUAAUAACGAUAAGUCGGGAUUAAUAGAAGCAUUGAAAAAGAGAGGCGUUCCUGAAAAAUUGAUUAAGAGGAUCAAUUUAAUAUUAGAAUUCAGCAGUAGCAAGUAUCGUACUAAUGAAUUAUUUACGACGGAAAAUGUUCGAGCAAUCACUAGAAAAGUUAUUAAAGGUUUAAAGGGAGUAGAAAAUAUUUAUACGCAACACACUCCUCUAUUGAAAGAAAUAUUAGAAGAUGUUAUUAGAGGUCGAUUAAAAGAACCUGCUUUUCCGUAUCUUGGAACAGUUCAGCUGCGUGAAAGUCCACAAGAUAUUAUUGUAUUUAUGAUAGGAGGCAUGACGUAUGAGGAAUCAUUAACAGUGCAUCAAUUAAACAACACGAAUCCCGGAAUUCGAAUUAUAUUGGGAGGAACUACAAUUCAUAACUUUAACAGUUUUCUAGAAGAGAUCAAAUCCAUUUUGGAUUCAGGAAUUGGCCAGAAGAAUCCUUGA